AUUGCAGGAAAAAAUAAUAAAGAAAGGCAGAGGUUAGACGUUGUGCACAUGUUAAGUACUUUCAGACUGUUUCAGAAUGAAUCCUUGCGUAAUCCCGAAAUUAUCCGAAGAUUACGAUGGAGAUGAACGCAAAUUGAGCAUGCACAAACGUUUCGUCCAACAAGCGCGCACCUGCGAGUCAGAAAUUUUAUUCAUUGGUGAUUCUAUCAUCGAACAAUUACAGUUUUCUACUUUAUGGCUUGAAAAAAUCAGCGCUUUGCAUUGCAUCAAUUUCGGGAUAGGUGGCGAUAGGGUUGAGAACGUGUUAUGGCGGAUCCAAAAUGGCGAACUCGAUUUUAACGUCAAGUUAAAAGCGGUGGUACUUUUUGUUGGUACUAAUAACACGGAUUGUACGCCGCAUGAGAUUUUCGAAGGGAUUUUGGAGAUUGUUAAAGAGAUAAAGCAGAGAUUGGGCAAUGUUUUUGUUAUUUUACCGACUUUGUUACCUCGAGGGCAGUACCCUAACCCGUACCGUGAGCGAAACGAACAUGUUAAUACAUUCCUCAUUGAUAAAUUCUGUAAUGAGGCAAAUGCAGAUGAACACACUCAGAAUGUUCAUGUCGUUGAAAUUCAUCACAAUAUUGUACAAAAUGACCAAACAAUCUCGCAUCACAUCAUGCACGAUUAUCUGCAUUUGACCAAUUCGGGCUAUUUGAAGGUUUUUGGACCCGUUUAUGAUAAACUUUGUACUCUUUUGAAUAAAUAAUUUUGAUUUA